AUGGCUUCCUUGCUGUAUGAUUUCUCUAUUCCCCCUGAAACCCGACGGCUGUUAGAAGAUUUGAAUCUGCCCCAGGACUUCCUGUCAUCAGAUUCUUCCUUGAGUGAUGUGCCUAGUGAUUUUGAUUUUGAUUUUGAUUGGGAUGAUGUGCGUGAUCCUCUAUCGCAUAUUCACAUCACGGUAUCACCUCCGAAGAGCCCCAGUCUUGCAUCCCAAUCCACAAACCCCGACCCUAGAACGCCUGUGAAAUCUACCCCUUUUAUUCACCCAGAACCCAUCAAACCCCCUCAACCCAAAGUCCAGAAGCUUUCUCCAUAUUUCCCACGUGUGCUAGUUGAUCCUGGAUCUUGCCUCCCGUUUCCCCCUAUUGAUGCGCCCUCUUUCGGACUCAUCCAGGAACAGCUUGCACAUGAUCCCUUUCGUUUACUCAUUGCAACCAUUUUUCUCAAUCGAACCCGCGGUGGCGUUGCCCUGCCGGUCUUGUUCAAGGUCUUUGAACGAUACCCUACGAUCGAGGCGAUGGCAGAAGCAGACCUAUCCGAAUUCGUAUCGAUGAUAAACUGCUUGGGCUUUCAAAACCAACGUGCCAGGAAAUGCAUCACAUUGGCCCAAACAUGGCUAUCAGAUCCCCCUAACAAAAGCAAAAGAUAUCGGAAGCUCCACUACCCACAAAAACUGGACGGUCGAAAUGUCGGUCGUGAAGAAUGCAUUGACGAAGAAGACUUGCGAGUCGCCUGGGAAAUUGCACAUCUACCUGGAGUUGGAGCGUAUUCCCUUGAUAGCUGGAGGAUCUUCUGUCGCGAUGAGUUGCGUGGAAAAGCCUCGGACUGGAUCGGCAAGGAUGCGACAGAGAUCGGAUUCGUGCCUGAAUGGAAGUGCGUUCUACCACACGACAAGGAACUCCGUGCGUAUCUUACAUGGAUGUGGCUGAAAGAAGGAUGGGUUUGGGAUUACAACACGGGCGAUUUGACACUUGCGAGCGAGAAGAUGAUGAGAGCUGCGCAGAGUGGAGGGGUUGCUCGUGAAGAAGAGGGGAAUUGGGUACUAGAGACCUCCCCUGUCAAGGCUGUGAAUGGAUUGCAUGAGUCAGAUUAA